AAAAACUUUGUGCGUAUCCGCACAAAUUCGACCUCGUCAACUACUGAUGAUUCGAAAUGUAGCUACUUGUACGUGCACACGCGUCAGCAACCCUCAGGGGCAGGGUAACCAGGGGAGUGUCACUGGCUUGAAGCGCUUUCUUCCUGUUUCACUUUAUCUAGGUUCGAAUUUCUUUGUAUUCAUUAAGUUGGCGUUGAAGAGCAUUAGCUCCACACAAAAGUAAUCAAACAGGCAGCGAACUACUUGCCAGGUGUUACAAGUCCGCGUCAGACGACACUGGGCUUUUCGUGUCGAGGUGGGGAGCAUGUGGGCAUCCUGCUGUAACUGGUUCUGCCUGGAAACUGCUACAGUGGAGGAGACCAACAGCAGACCACAACACCAGGCCUACACUAACUCGGGCUUCAGCAGCUACCCGUCGCCCUCACUCCGUGAGAACAUCUGCAAAGCCUGCGGAGGGCGCUUCGACACUGUAGCCACAAAGCAUGUCUGUGUGGACUGCAAGAAGAAUUUCUGUGGCAGGUGUUCGGCCCAGCUGGAGCCCCGGCCGCGCCUUUGCCACACCUGCCAGCGGUUCCACCGCACGCUGUUUGAGCGCACCGAACUGAUGAAGCUGAAGGUGAAGGACCUGCGUGACUACCUCCACCUGCAUGAGGUCUCAACGCAGAUGUGCCGCGAGAAGGAGGAACUGGUGGAGCUGGUUCUGGGUCAGCAGUUGCCCGCCAGCUUGGACGUCAACUCCCUGAUCCAAGUCACUCAGCGUGACGCCCCGACUCCGUCAGCCCCGGCCCCCAGCUCCAACACACCCUCCACGCACCCGGACUCCACCGCCACGGGCCAAGUCCCUUCAGAACCGCCGGCCGCUCAGAAUGACAGUCAGACCGCGUCUGUGUUGGUGCCCUCUGGUCCUGGGGAGCCUUCGGACACAGAGGGGGACCCAGUGCUGCCGGGUGACCAGGAGUUACAGUCCUCAGACACCGAGGAGGUGCUGGCACCUGGCCGUCGGUCCUCGCUCUCGGACCUGACCACAGUGGAGGACAUUGACGCCCUCAGUGUCCGGCAGCUGAAGGAGAUCCUGGCCCGCAACUUUGUCAACUACAAGGGCUGCUGUGAAAAGUGGGAGCUGAUGGAAAGGGUCACCCGCCUCUACCAUGACCAGAAGGACCUCCAGAACAUGGUUUCAAAUACAGAUGAUGGCACAGACCCCAGCAGCAGCUCUGGUCAGGAGCAAAAUCUGUGUAAGAUCUGCAUGGACUCUCCAAUCGACUGUGUCUUGCUGGAAUGCGGCCACAUGGUCACCUGCACCAAAUGUGGCAAGCGGAUGAGUGAGUGCCCCAUCUGCAGGCAGUAUGUGGUGCGGGCCGUUCACGUCUUCAGAUCCUGAGAGCCCCAGGACUCUCAGUCUCUCUACCUCUGUCGCAUUCUCUCUUUCUCUAUACCUUCAUCUCCCUGCAAUCGCUUCCUCUCUGUUUCAUAAAUAACCCAGGAGGUUGCCACCUGUUGCCUUACCCCCUAUAAGAAAACUAGACUCCUUCAUCUGUAUCUCCCCUGGGUUGAUGGUCCUGUAGAACCUAGAGUACUAGAUGAUCCAGGGAGCAGAACCAAUAAACCAAACAAGCCUAAUUACUGUUCAUAAUUCUGUUUUUUAUAACGGGACUAUAACAGCUCAUAUUUCUGAGGAGGUAAUUAUAUUUCUAUUGUAUUAGGCUAAUAGUGUAUGCAUUGGGUUUUGUUUUCCUUUGAAGGCCUGAUAGUAAAUAUGGUAUUGGAUCUUUAUUAUAUAUGUAUUUGUAUAUAUGUGUGUGUGUGUGUGUGUGUGUGUGUGUGUGUG